AAUGUCAUAUUGAUUAUUCACAAAAUCAAAACUAAGUUAGUGUUGACAAAACAUUGAGAGGGAGAGUAUCUUAAAGCUUUAAGAAUGCACAUUGAUUUUCUUUUUUAUGCUGGUUUUCUACUCCUUUCUUAUAGCAUUUGCGCUGCAGCUGAGGAAAAUUUGUAUGAUGUUUUAGGUGUGAGAAAGACAGCUACACAAGCAGAUAUAAAACGAGCUUACAAGAAAUUAGCGAGGGAAUGGCACCCAGAUAAGAAUGAUGAUCCAGAGGCGACAGACAAAUUUACCAAAAUUGCAGAAGCAUAUGAGACACUAGGUGAUUCUGAGAAGAGGAGUGAAUAUGAUAACUUUGGUUAUACCUCGUCUAAUGCACAUAGACCAAGUAGACAGCAUCAUGGGUUUGAUCCAUUCGAGUCGUUUUUUGAUGGUCCACAUGGCUUUAAUUUUAACUUUAAUUUUGGUGGUGGAGGCGGGAAUACAGAAUCUAUUAUUGACAAACACACAAUCAAUCUGAGACAAUAUGAAACAACAAUUCUACCUAACAGUCAUAUUAGACCCUGUGUGAUAUACGCAUACACAGACUUCUGUUUUAACUGUAUGAGAAUGGAGGGUAUUAUUGAAAAGUUCCUGUCUGAACUGAAAACUGUUGGUGUUUGUGGGGCGACAUUCCACGCAGGUAGAGCCAGUAACCUGGCAGCUCGGUUACGUGUAACCCAGGUACCAUCCAUCAUUGGAGUGAUGGGAGAGAGGGUCAGUUACUACCGGGGACCAGUCAGUAUACAGGGUCUUAGAGAAUUCAUUAGAAAUAUAUUCCCUACACAUUUUGUUACAAAGAUAACUGAUUCCACAGUCCACGACUUUCUGGAUGGCUGGCCAGUGGAUAAUAAAGUUCGGGCGAUAUUCUUCAGUCCACGAGAGGAGAAAUCUGUCCGGUUCCUGGCAUCUGUUCUGUCUUACAAGGACAACGUGGCUUUUGGAUUCGUGAACACCAAGUUGGGCAUGGCUGGUGGCUUGAUGAGUAAAUACAAUGUCAACAAUAAUAGAGAAACUUUGCUGAUGUUCAAUGAAGAAUCUGUAUCUCCUGUAGCUUCAAUCAGUAUGCAGCAGUUGUCCCGCGCCUCUUUUGACGAGGUGAUCGAAGGAAAUAAACAUCUAGCUUUACCAAGACUGUCUUCCCAGAAAUUCUUUGAAGAGCUGUGCCCGGAAGAAUAUAAGGCAAAAAAUAGAAGAUUGUGUGUGGUGCUUAUCACGAAGAAAGAAAAAAGUCAUGACAGUUAUCGUGAUGGCUUUAGAAAGUACUCGCAACGAUCAGGACUCUCUGACAGGACGCGGGUACAGUUUGCAUACGUUUACGAGGAUACACAGCAAGAUUUUAUCAGAUCGUUGUCUAAAGGCAAACAAUUACAAUCCGGAGAAAAUAAACUUAAGGUGGCUAUAUUAUGGCGUAUAGAGAAGUACCAGAUGAAGUAUGAGUGGCUGGAAACGGGCUGGGAACCGGAAAAUGAGAGGCAUUGUGGAUCUACACUAGAGAAACGUUUAAAUCUACUCCUUACCACCGAUACUGUGAUGCCAUAUAAAGUUACCCCACCACAACUGUUCAAUGAGCAUGGCCUGGGUCUGUUUACACGAAUAGGUCACAAGUUAUUACACUGGGGUGAAAGAAUGUGGAGCUAUGUAUCCUAUGUGGACAGUACAACAUGGGUGACAUCAAUUCUAUCUCUCAUGUUUGUAUUUGGUAUGGGAUACUUCGUUCACAAGCUGGCUUCCCUGGAGGAAAUACAGGUACAGAGUACUGCACCACAGAAAACACGCCCUAGACCUUCAUCUAGAUCAUAUGAUGCGAAGAACCUCAAUAUGUAUGAGCUGGACUACAGAACGUACGCGGAGUUAGUUAGCGAGGCAGAUACUGGACUUACUAUAGCUAUACUUGUAGACAAGGAGACCAAGGAUAGGAUUGUGAAACAGUUUGCUAAAAUUGUACACCCAUACUCAAGGUACAGUGCAUUAACUUUUGCAUUCUUACAACUAGAAUACAAUAUCAACUGGUAUCGCACACUUCUUGAGGAAUCUAUAGACGACGUAAAACUUGACCAGAUUAACAUUAAAAACUGUAUAGGAACCGUCCUGGCCCUAAAUGGUUACAGAAAAUACUAUUAUAUAUACAGCGCAAAAAAAGCACGGCAGUUUAUACGUCACAGGAAUAAUGUGUCCGAGGCGCUCGGUCUUCACGAUCUUGACGAGAAAUCUGACGAGGAAGACGAUAUCAAGGAUUAUUUUUUCCUUGAUGAGGUUUUGGACGGACUGACGAUUUGGUUAGAUAAGAUUUUCGAUGGCUCAAUCAAAAGGAUUAGAAUAACGAACUGGCCAGAAAUGACCGGCUGAGAAAAUGAGUGGCACCGAUAUAACACCGGAAUGUAUUCAGAAAAAUUAUUGUUAUGAUAAUGGUUUACAGUAUCGAAUUUCUCUUUUGCUUUACUUACACUGUUUUGAGGGAUAUUUUUUAAGGAUGCACAGAAUUUUCAGUGAUUCCUAAACCUAGGACAGGGAGGCUAUUUUACACUCAAAUAUGUCUUAAAGCUGCAUGCCUCCAGAUGAGCAAGGAUAUUUCAAGAAAGUCAAACUUGAGAAAAAUGUACAUGUACUAAGGUUUUAAGAACAGUAAAAAGAUUUAAGGUUCAAGUAAUG